AUGGAGUGCUGCAUCUGUACCGUGGCGGCGCGUUACUCGACGUUAAACUCCAUCUGCGCCGCCUGCUACGACGGCGCAAAGAGCAUGAUGACCUUCUUGAAUGAUCUCGAAGGCGAUGGCCACAACAAAGCCGCCGCCACCACCACUUCUCAGGGCUCCAAUUCCGUUCAACCCAAGGCAUGCAGAUAUUCUGGUGCUGCACAGGGGAUUCGGCGUGCAUUCGAGAAGAUGAAGGAGAUGCAAAGAAGGGAGACGAAUGCGGAGAAGAAGGUGGCUUUCCUUAAUUGGUUGGCGGUGCUGCGAGAAGGGUUGCACACCGACAUUUUGGUGAAGGCCGGCGACGGCCAACCAGUUCCGGCCCAUCGAGCAGUGCUGGCUUCUAAAUCCGAAAUCUUCAAGACCAUGCUGCUCGCCGACGACUGCAAGGCCGCGCCCGCCGGCGGCAUCAUCUCGCUCCCAGAACUCACGCACCGUGAGCUGCAGCAUCUGCUUGAGUUCCUCUACUCCGGCGAGCUUCGGCCGGCGGAGCAGAAGCCCUUCUCGACCGUGCUCUCUCUGCUCAUCACGGCCGACAAGUACGAUAUCCCCUUCCUUCGGAAGUUCUGUGAGCGGUGGGUUAUCGAGGACCUCUGCGCAGGCAACGCGCUCGACGUACUGGAGGCGGCGCAGCGAUGCUCCAGCGUGAAUCUGAAGGAGCGGGCGAUGUGCGUGGUGGUGGAGCAGGCGGAGGAGGUGGUGUUCUCGCCGGAAUUCGAGGCGUUCGCCUGCAGUAACGCGGAGCUGUGCGUGGAGAUCACGAGGGAGCUGGUGAAUAAGGUGAAAGCAGACGUACGUAAAAAAGAUGUCAACAAGAAAAGAAAAAAAAGUUAG